CCAGUGCGCAAGUGAGCGCAUGCGCGGGCUUGAGGCGCGAUGGCAGGUGUAGGGGUCGAGCGGCUGCAGGCGAUGGUGCGAUUUACGCUGCUGGUGCUCACUGUGUGUGCUGCGGGUGCCCAUGGGCUCUAUUUCCACAUCGGCGAGACUGAGAAGCGUUGCUUCAUCGAGGAAAUACCCGACGAGACCAUGGUCAUCGGCAACUAUCGAACCCAGAUGUGGGACAAGCAGAAGGAGGUCUUCCUGCCCUCGACCCCUGGCCUGGGCAUGCACGUAGAAGUGAAGGACCCGGACGGCAAGGUGGUACUGUCCCGACAAUAUGGUUCCGAGGGCCGCUUCACCUUCACGUCCCACACACCCGGUGACCAUCAGAUUUGUCUGCACUCCAACUCCACCAGGAUGGCUCUCUUCGCUGGAGGAAAACUGCGUGUACACCUGGACAUCCAGGUUGGGGAGCAUGCCAACAACUACCCUGAGAUUGCUGCUAAGGAUAAGUUAACAGAGCUGCAGCUUCGAGCUCGACAGUUGCUUGAUCAAGUGGAACAGAUCCAGAAGGAGCAGGAUUAUCAGAGGUAUCGUGAAGAACGAUUCCGUCUGACCAGUGAGAGCACCAAUCAGCGGGUCCUGUGGUGGUCCAUCGCCCAGACUGUCAUCCUCAUCCUCACUGGAAUCUGGCAGAUGCGUCACCUUAAGAGCUUCUUUGAAGCCAAGAAGCUGGUGUAGGGCUCUUGCUGUAUGACCUUUCCCUUUUACCUUAAUUAUUUGAUAAUUUCCCCACCUAGUCCCUGUCCACCUGGAUUUUGAGGAGGAAAAUUGAAAAAACAACGUGUCACAUUGGUAUCAUGGCAAUAAGCCAUUCAGAUCAGCUACCUUUUGACCCUGGUUCUCCAAGAAACAGAUAUUGGUCCAAGCUUUCAAAAUCUGCCUUAGGGUUUGGGAGAAGUUGGAAUUAACCCAAGAUCGAGUCGUUUUUUUUGCCUCUGGUGAUUCUCCCGUUUUCAGAGAGAUGAACAAAUGUUCUUCUGUUUUCUGUUUGUCUGCUUGUGCAGUGGGCAACUGGCAUACCCCAUGGAGGAAGCGCUGCCUCAGUGUUCCUGGGUCAGUCCUGAGUUCUCUCAAUGGCUUUGUGAAUGUAAAUAAGGGACAUUUCUUGGCCCUGAAGGAUUGAGAUUUUUUCUAUAUUUUAGAACUAUUUUUGGAUAAAUUAUAUAUUUUCCUUCCUGGUUUGAUCAUCACUGCCUGUAACUAGCCAAAAACACCAAUCCAGACCUAUGCAUUCUACUUACACAUUUUUAGUAUCUGCCAUGAAGUGCUCAGAAUUUCAGCAGUUUGGGGCCAGAAAGCAGACACUAUAGUUAGUCUCAAGUCCGUGUUAGAAGUCCAAGAAGAGUUAUCUUGUGAGUCCAAACCCACAGGGUCACAGAGUCGGGUGACAGUCGGGUGACAGAGUAAUUCCGAGCAGUGUACUCUCCCCUCAACUUUUACUUAGAAGUAGUAAUGUUUUAUAGAUUUUGUUUUUGAGACAGUCUCACUCUGUUGCUCUGGCUGGCCUGGAACUCCAUAUGUAGACUAGACUAGCCUCAUAUCCACCUGUGUCUGCCUACCAAAUGCUGUGAUUAAAGAGGCAUGUGCCACCACACCUGACAUAAAUAUUUUCUUCAAGGGAACCAGGCUUUGGUUCUGUAUGCAGAUUUUCUUUGAAUGAAAUGAAACUUAGUAGCUAUGUUUGAUGUAAAAUAAUAGGUGUGGGCAGAGAUGAGGCCAAAAGGGAAAAAAAAAAAAAAAAAAAA